AUGGGGAAAAGGACUGGGGAGGUCAGAAUCCUCAGUAAAUAUGGGAACCGUUAUGGCACCUCCCUCAGGAAAAUGGUGAAGAAAAUUGAAAUCAGCCAGCACGCCAUGUACACUUGCUCCUUCUGUGGCAAAACCAAGAUGAAGAGAAGAGUUCAUUGCUGCAUGAAAACAGUAGCUGGUGGUGCCUGGACUUUCAACACCGCUUCUGCUGCCACAGGGAAGUCUGCCAUCAGAAGACUGAAGGAAUUGAAAGACCAGUAG